GCCAAGUAAAACAGAAUCAGCACCAGGCCUGUAUGGGGUGAGCACCAGCCAGCUCGCAGAACACUGAGCAAAGAUGAAGUUUGAAGAAAUUCUCUCAGAGAUUAAUGGAUUUGGAAGGUUCCAGAAGAUGGUUCUGAUCAUCAAUUUCCUUGGUCGAUUCAGUCUUGCGUGUCAUUUCCUGUUAGCUAACUUUAUCACUGUCAUUCCUACUCACCACUGUGAUAUCAACUAUCUAGAUGCUGAGGGAAUCUUUGGGAAUCUGAGUAGGGAGCAGAGACUGACUGUCAGUAUUCCAGCACAGGAAGACGGGACUCCUUCUACCUGUCACAUGUUCUCCUAUCCUCAGUUUUACCUGCUGUCAAACUCUUCCAGCCAUCCAGAAGUUGCUGUAGUUCAGUGCCAGAAUGGAUGGAAGUAUGAUAACAGCACAUUCAUCAGCACUCUGGCCACACAGUGGGAUCUGGUUUGUGAGAAGAGAGCAAUGAACAAAUUGACAACCACCAUCUUUUUCAUUGGGGUGAUGUUUGGAGCAGCUGCUUUCGGAAGCCUGAGUGCAAUAUUUGGGCGUAAGCCGAUGCUGCUGGUGUCAUAUUUAACAGGAACGGGUUUUGGAUUGGGCAGUGCUUUUUCAUCCUCCUUCAUCAUGUUUGCAGUGUUGCGAUUCUUCACUGGAUUCAGCAUCACUGGCAUCGUCAUCAUCGCUAGUGUUCUCAAUGUGGAGUGGGUGAGCAUCGAGCAAAGGAAGCUGGUAGGGGUGAUUGACAGCCUGUCCUGGACAUUUGCCAUCAUGAGCUUGUCUUUGAUUGCAUACUGCAUUCGAGACUGGCGAUGGCUGACAGUUGCCAUCUCAUUGCCCAACAUAAUUUCCAUUAUAACUUGGUGGUGGGUGCCAGAGUCAGCUCGAUGGUUGAUAGCCAAUGGAAAGGUGGAUAAAGCUCAUUAUUAUCUUCAUAAAUGUGCAAUUAUGAACCGCAGAGAGGACGUUACUUUAAGGAUCAAACCUGAGGAUUUAGCAAAUAUCAUAGUCACAGACAGAGGAAACAGAAAGUAUUCAUACCUGGACCUGGUCAGAACUCCUAAGAUGAGGAGACUGGCUCUGCUCACAGGAAUCACCUGGUUUUCUGUUGCCAUUGUUGCCUAUGGAAUUGGCUUCAACAUCUCAGGAUUUGGACUAAAUAUAUAUUUCACUCAGUUUGUGUAUGGGGCCAUUGAGGUGCCAGCAAAAUUGAUCAUCUAUUAUCUGCUGGAUACGUUUGGUAGACGUAAAACACAGGCUGUAUUCCUGCUAUUGGUUGGAAUUACCCUCAUGACUAACAUAUUCAUACCCAGAGAUAUGACGGUGGUUCGUACUGUGAUAGCAAUACUGGGAAAGGGCUUUUCAGCCACAUGUUUUGGCACAAUAAUUUUGUACAGCUCUGAGCUUUACCCCACUGUUCUCAGGCAAAAUGGGAUGGGCUACAACUCUUUCCUGGCACGUCUGGGUGUGUCUCUGGCUCCUCUGAUCCUGCUUUUGGACGAUAUAUGGAGUCAUCUCUCUCAAGUCAUCCUGUCUUCUAUUGCACUCUGUGCUGCUCUUGUGGCUUAUCAGCUACCCGAGACACGAGGCAUAUGUCUACCUGAGACUAUAGAGGAUAUCGAGGGAAUCAGGAAGGACACUAAUGGCUCAUUACUCCAACAUCUAAAAACAGAGGAAAAUGUGGAAGUGGGAUGAUAUGGGUUAAAAAAAAAAAAAAAGAAAGAAAGAAAAGAAGGAGUUGUGAGAGAUUCACUGAUAUGUGCACAAUAAAGUGUUGGAUGGCACAUUUCUGAAAAUAAUUCUAAACCCAGAUCAGUGCUGAAGUUAACGAUUCACUGGAAACAAAAACAAAUCUAUGGCAAACAAACAACCCAAUGUCUGUACAUUCUAUUAAUAUUUAUACUCGCUCUAAUUCAAUAAUGCUAUUGGCAUGUUUUGUGCUAGUCUACUGUAUAUGGGGAAUACAUUUCUUUGUAUGUAUCUACUGUACUAUAAUAUACUAUACUACUGUAUAUAAGAGCUGCAAUCUUCUGGAAAACAUUUGCUACGAAUCACAAGCUCAUUUGAGUGGCAAAUUGGCCAGAACUAUAGAUUAUUAGUAAGGGUUGGCAUAAAGCUAAAUGUUCACAUGCCAAUUUACACAAGGUUUAUUUCUAUUUCUGCUGCACCAAACUUACUUUAAACGCACUUCUCUUGUCUGCUUGUAUGAAUGUAACACAUCAAAGGAAAGGGUUUCACCGCUUUUCAAAUGCUCUUUGGAUUGCAUAAUUUUAUAUGAAUAAAUGUUGUCCAACUGAAUAGACUCAAUA